AUGAGGUGGCUGACGUCGACCUCGCCGUGGCUGCCGCUACUUCUAGUGGCCGCCGUGGCGCAGGCGCAAGUUCUCACGCCUUCACAAAUCACCAUUUCCCAUCGGAAACCGAUCGUCGCCACCUCCACUUGCGGAGAAAUCAACGGACAACCCAUCAAUGAAGUCUACUGCUCACUUACUGGUUCGGUUACCUCUUUUCUUCAAAUUCAAUCUAUCGAUUUGAUCAGGCUCAACACAAUACACGCCGCUCACUUCUUACUCCUACCAAGAAGAAGAUGAAACCCACGGAAUGAUGAUGCAGGAGCUCCGAAACCCGAGAGAAGCCUUCGUUCAGGUUCGUCCUCAUUUGACUGAAAACUUGUCAAGUUUUUGAACGCAUAAAUAAAUGGUACAAAAGCUCGCGUAAAUUGAAAAGAAAUAUAAUAGGAAAUUUUCUGAAAAAUUCAAUUUUUGAUGAACGAAUAAAAUUCUUUUGAAAAUUAUUAUUUAAUACUUGUCACUAAGAAUAACUGACGAGAUAAAUGCGAGCUCGGUGGCGGUACAUUGACUAACUCGCAAAAAUGUCGCUUUUUUCUAGGCGCGAUCCCGCAUUUCUCUCGGCGCGACCUCGCAUUUUUCUCGGCGCCAUCUCGCAUUUAUCUUGCAUUUCGGAAAUUUUCAAAUUGCGAGAGAAAUGCGAGCUCGCGCCUAGAAAAAUGCGAGCUCGCGCCCAAACAAAUGCGAAACCGGCGCGAGAAAAAAUGCGAGAUGUUUGCGAGCUCGUCAAUGUACCGCCAGUGUCUCGCGUUUAUCUCGGCAGUUAUUCUUAGUGUGUGAGGUAAAGUGUUCCGCGUGCAUACACAUCGUGAACGCAAACAGCGAACAUGACGCGCAAAAAUAACCUUUUUGAUAUUUUUAAAAUUUUAUAUCCUAAACACGGCGUUUUUUUAUUACGCAAGGUCAAGACUUCUCGUAAAUUAUGAUGCUUAGGGUGUAAGCACACCGAGACGCACUAUCUCAUACUCAAAAUUGUUUUUUUCAAUUUUAGAAUUCGCAAUUUUAGGAUAAUAACUCCUGAAAUGUUCGAAAUCUUGUCAGUUUGAAGAGAAUAAUGUGAAAAAAACAUUCACUUACGUUUAAAAAAAUUAGGAACGAUUUCGGAGGGGGAAAAACUCUAAAUUACUGAUUACAAAAUUAAAACAAAAAAAUUAUUAUGAAGGUAAAUUAGCUCCCAUUGAAUAAGCAAUUAUAAAUACGAAAAAUAUUGAAAUGAGGGAAAUUCGAGGAGCAAAUGAAAAAAAGAAACAUUUUAUAUACCUUGAAAAACCUAGCUUCAGAAAAAAACAAAUAAUGGAUAGAAAGCAGAAAUUUUUAGAAAAAAACCUCGUAUGGCGAAAUUUUUUUGAUCCAAAAACCAUCAAAAAAACUAGAAAAAAAAUAUAAUUUAGAUGAUUCAUAUAACAAAAUCUUCAAACUGCAUCAGCAAAUUCAAUUUGACUCUAAUUUACACGAAACCGGUUUCAAAAAUACGUCUAAGGAACUGGGUAAUAUCUUUUUGCUUAUAGAAAAAAACGUCAAACAAAAAUAUUAAAAAAAGUAAAAAAAGCAAAAAAAUUAUGCUUUUUUUCAAUUAACUCUUUCCGUAAAUCUUGCGAGAGCUUUAAAGGGUGGGUCUUGUAAUCCAAAAACGGGUCCUGAACAGAUCAAAUCUACUGUAGUCGUACGAUUUAGAGAGGCCCGCCCCUAGUAUUUUUUUUCUGCAUUUUCUUUCACUGACAAGAACGCCGUGUAAAAAGAACCAAUUUCUAGGGCGGUCACGGUUGCGGACACUGUCAUGCCAACACGAUCAACGCGCACCCGGCUGCCAACAUGGUCGACGGAAAUAACAGUUGGUGGAUGUCGCCACCGUUGUCCCGCGGUCUUCAGUACAACCAAGUCAACAUCACCAUCGACCUCGAACAAGUACUGAAUUCUCAAGGAGAAAAAAAAUCUGAAAAUUUUUCUGUUUCCAGGAAUUUCACGUCGCCUACGUCUGGAUCCAAAUGGCGAACAGUCCGAGGCCUGGAACUUGGGUCCUGGAACGAUCGACGGACCACGGCAAGACCUACCAGCCCUGGUUCCAUUUCGCCGAAAACAGUGCCGAGUGCAUGCGAAAGUUCGGAAUGGAGUCGCUUUCUCCGAUUUCCGACGACGAUUCCGUCGUUUGCCGCACGGAUAUGGCCAGUCUCCAACCGUUGGAGAACGCUGAGGUUCGUCGAAAAAUAUUUUUUAAAAAAUUUUAACGUUUAUUUAUGAUGUUGAUUUCCAUUCAAUGUGUUCCAGUUCUUAUAAUAGUUUUUUUUUUCAGAAAAAAAUAAGCAAAAACUUUCCAGAUGGUCAUCCGAAUCUUGGAACACCGACCAAGUUCUCUGCAAUUCGCGACGUCGGAAGCGCUCCAAAAUUUCACCAGAGCCACCAACGUCCGACUCCGGCUUCUCGGCACCAGAACCCUCCAGGGACACCUCAUGGACAUGAACGAGUGGAGAGACCCUACCGUCACCCGCAGAGUACUGUAGCUUCCUGAUUUACUGUAGAGGAAUGGUUUUUUCAGUACUUUUACGCGAUCAAGGAGAUCAUGAUCGGCGGUCGGUGUGUAUGCAAUGGCCACGCCGUCACUUGCGACAUUUUGGACCCGCGUCGGCCGAGAGCCCUUCUGUGCAGGUCUUUAAUGGAAAGCUACAGUAGGACCUGGGGAAAUAACACAUAAUGAUCCUAAUAAAGAAGCUUCAUAAUGUUAGGCGCCAAUUUUUAAAUAAAUUAUCUGGAAUGGGUAGAAAAGACGCUUUAACUGUAAUUUAUUAAAGAAAAUCCUGCGUAAAAAUAAAAAAAUUCUUCAUUUUGAUAGAACUUUUUGAGCCAUUUUGUCUCAUGAUGGGUUACGGUAGGCAAGUGGACUGCGUAUCUAAGAAUCGCCCAGUUUUUUUUUUGAAGAGGCAAGGAAAACAUAAGCUUUCAAGUUACUUAACUAAAUUUUCGAUUUUUAUACCGAAAUAUGAAUUUUUGUGUUUUUGAUCGAUUUUUUUCAAAAUCUCUCAUGUUUCAAAUUCCGGAAUUAGUGAAGAAAGAGCGUUUUAUAAAAGGUUAUCAAAAAUUUCAAGCUCUGAUAGUUUAAUUUCAAGAUUUUGGACAAGUUUCGAGAACCAUUUUGUCAAAAAACAAGCCCAAAUUUUUUGUAGAUGCGAACACAACACUUGCGGAGACAUGUGCGAGAGAUGCUGCCCCGGAUUCGAACAGAAACAAUGGCAACCGACCACCGCGCACAAUAAUUUCACUUGCGAACGUUCGUUGACAGGGAAAAUCUAGAAAAAUCGAAGGAUUUUCAGCUUGCAACUGCUUCGGAAGAAGUAAUGAGUGUGUUUAUGACGCGCAGAUCGAUCGCGACCAUCAGUCUCUGGAUAUUCACGGCAACUACGAGGGCGGCGGCAAAUGUCUCAACUGCCGCGUGAGUCGAUCCGAAUAAACAAAAAUUGAAAAAAUGAUCUUGUUCCAUUUUUUUUUGCAAAAAAGAGCGUAUACCAAAUUUGAUCAAACUUUCUAGGAAUUUCAGAGUGGUCCUUAUAGGGGCAACUUUAGAGGCCCUUGGAGGAUCCCUCUAGAGAUUCCCUUACCAACCUCUAUAGGAGUCACUGAAGGUUGCAAAAGCGGUCCCUAUAGGGGACACGCUAGUCGAUAAUGUUUAUGAACUCUAUGGGAAGAAGCAUUUCCAUGCGAAAAAACUUAAUAAAUAAGCGUAAAUUGAGAGAUCCCUAUAGGGACCACUUCAGCUUUAUGGGGGAGUCCCUAAACCUCUAUAAGGAUCACCUAAAAUUUACCCCUAUAGUGACCGCUUUUCGGCCCAUAUUGGGGCUUUUUCUUCCCAAACCCUAUAGGGAUCACUCUGAAAUUCCUAAGUCGAGAUCUUUGUUUUUGCAAUUGUGUAGAGGAAAACAAGGUGAAAAUCUCGCGCCAAAAUUUUCUACUAUACCGAACUCUUUUCAAUUACUUCGAAACAUGUCGAGUAUUAGAUUCGAGAAAAAGUUUUCAACACGGUCAAAAAUUGCAGUUCAACACGGAAGGAAUCAACUGUAACAAGUGCGUCUAUGGGUAUUUCCGGCCCGAGGGAACCUUCUGGAACGAAACUCAGCCUUGCAAGCGUGAGUUUCCAGGGAGUCCAAUCACAGAAAAAAAAUUGAGAGAACUCUCUUUCUUCUGUUUUAAUUUCAAGUACUAUGACGUCAUUCGAAAACUUUCUCUGGAUGGCUCGCUCUCUGAUUGGUUUAUCGCGCCAUCAGGGGCGGAGGUUCAGCGAAAAUCUAUACAGACUAAUUUAAUUUAUUUCAUCCCACUGCAAGCUCAAUUUUCAUCUUUCUGAAAAAUUCAAUGAAAUGUACAAUCCUUACCACGCGAAAAUUCAACGUUUAUUUGAAAAAAAUCAUCUUUUUUCUCAGCUUGCGACUGCGAUCCGGACAAACACACGGGAGCCUGCGCAGAGGGCACGGGUCGCUGCGAAUGCCAGCCGCGAUUCGAAGGCGAGAACUGCGACCGUUGCGCCAAGGGCUAUUACGAUCCGCCAGAGUGUCGCGCCUGCGACUGCCAGGUCAACGGAACCGUCGGCGAAGCCUGUCUGGUACGUUCAUUUUGUCAUUUAUUCUCAUGUUGGCUAGUAGCAUCCGCGGGUGCGACCGUCGAUCUCCCCUGUAACCCCAGCCGACCACCUGGAACACAAUUUUAACCUCGCCUACAGCUGAUUCACGGCACGGCUGGCUUGAGCCAUCGAAAAGAAAAGUUCUGACAGGGACUAGAACGCAGACAGGCCACGCCCCUUAGCGUUCCAAGCUAGCCGUGAAUCAGUUAUAGACCCCGCGAACCACCCGAAAAGUUUAAAACACCGAUAACGGGCAGUAGCCCUCUAGUGAGCACUCUGGCGCUCACAAUGUUUUCGAAUGUCAGCGUCUCUCUUUUCCCUCACCGGCAAGGUCAAAGAAACAUCUCCCAAUAUUGUGGACUAUAUCGCAGCGAGAGUAAUGCUAUACCGCGUGGGAGCCGUGAGCGAUAUCGCUCGCCUCUCGCUGCGACCUCGCAAACGUCUUGCGCUACAUCGCUCUCUGAAAAAUUUUUCUUCAAAAAUUUUUCUUUUCUUGAAUUCGAUUGAUUUCAUCAUAGAAGUCAAAAAUAAAGCAAAAAAAAAAGCUUUUCAAAUUUCAAAAUUUUGAGAGGGAGCGAUAUGGCAGCGAGACUUUGACGAGAUUGCAGCGAGAAGCAUUGGCUAUAUAGCCUGCGGCCCGCUGCGAUAUCGGCAAUUAUGUUGGGCGAUGAAAAUAGCUCGUAAUUUUUUUUUUGUGGAAAAACUCAAAUUUCCUGCAAAGAAAGAUUGAAACUGAACAAAAUUUUUCAAUCUGCGCGAAUUCUCGAAAACGAAACCUUGCAAAAUCAAAUUUUCCAGCCAACUGAUGGCCAAUGUCCCUGCAAAGACGGUUUCGGUGGAACUUUCUGCGAAACUUGCGCUCCAGGAUUCACCAACGUGACAGCUGGAUGCGUUGGUAAGAAAAUUUCGAAAAAUAAAAAUUCGAAAAUUGCUUUUUCAGAGUGCGUCUGUGACCCCACUGGAUCAGAAAACUCGAAUUGUUCAGCGGAAACCGGCCAGUGCGAGUGCAAAGCCGCGUUUUCCGGACUGGCUUGUGACAAGUGCCAAAACGGCUAUUACGGCUAUCCCAACUGCACUUGUAAGCUUUGAUAAGGAUGAUUUUUAUGGUUAGAUAAGGAAAAUGAUUAGGUUAUUGCCAGAAGAGAACAUUAGCCGGAAAAAAAAAGCAAAAAUGGUCUUAGGAUUUCCUAAAAUGUUAGAAGAUGAAUGAGAAAAAAAAUAUAUAUUAAAGUGAACAGCGUCAGGGUUGUUCAUGAACAGACUCUUAACAGUUAUCAUAGAUACACUUCUGUCAGAAAAGAUGCGAAAAAAACGCUUUUUUGGUCACAAAAAUUUUGUAUGUAGUUUGAUCUUUCUGAAAAUUUUUGGAGUAGUUCUAAGGGCCUGUCAGUUCGCAGAAAGAAAAACACAGCUUUAUAGAGUUUUAAAAAAGUUAAGAAAGUUGUAAGCAAAAAAAUGUUUUCAAUCUUUUCUAACGGUUCUGUAAGUUAGCUCCAAAAGCCUUAGGGUGGUCCCGGAAUUUGACUUUACUAAUUGAAAUGUACCUGACCGUUUUUAUGACAUUAGAAUAAGUUGUUUGAUGUACUUGAUACCUCUAGUUUGUGAGGCUUUGAAAGUCCUCUGAUAGAGAAAUUGGAAUGUAUUAAGUCUGCAACUGCGACCCGAUGGGAACGGAGGGCGGCAUGUGCGACGAGUCGGGCCAGUGCCUCUGCAAGGAAGGAUUCGCCGGCGAAAAGUGCGACCACUGCGACAUCGGCUUCUACGGAUACCCCAACUGCAAACGUAAGCAGACUUUUCAUUGGGUUGCUCGAGUUUGAAAACUUACUUGUUUACCAAUCUGUGGAACCAUUGAGAAAAUGACAGAAAAAUUAAAAAAAUGGGACCUUUUCAGUCUUUUUGGUCGUCAGCUUGAUUUCUACUAUAGCUUCAAUAUUGACAUAAACUUUCAACCAAAAUACAAUAGAAGUACAACCGAAAAGGACACAUGCAUUUAUGGAUCUCGCAAUAGCAAACGUAGGGGUUUUUUCUCGUUUUGUUAAAGUUUGAAACGGAAAACAUGAGAAAAGACAAAAGAAACUUUUCCCAUUGUCAGCAUGUCUAUAAAGUCCCCUCCAUUUUAAGAGAUCUGUCUUUUUCAAAAACCGGAUUUAAGACAUAUUUUUUUGAUUGCUGAUUAAUUUGGUCUCACGCUUUGAAUAUUUUUUUUGACUACUCAAAAAAUUUUAGAUUUGAAAAGAAGAUAUCAAGAAAUUUUUUUAUCAUUCAAGCUUGCGGCUGUGACGGCGCCGGAACGACUUCACCGGAAUGUGAACCGGCCAGCGGACAAUGUCCCUGCAAUGGAAACUUCACCGGCAGAACUUGCGACAAGUGUGCCGCUGGCUUCUAUGAUUACCCUCAGUGCAAAGUUUAUACUUUCGAGUGAAAAAAUAAUAUAUUUGUCAAAACUUAGGCUUGCUCUUGUCUCAUCGACGGCGCCAAGGGUCAGACCUGCGACAACAACGGCCAGUGCUACUGCAAGGGCAAUUUUGAGGUGGAGAAAGGGAAUAUUUCUAUGGAAUUUUUUUUCAUUUUUUAGAAUUUUUUUCCAUUUCCGUUUUCCUCAAGCGCCCUUUAGAGAGCUCUUAAAUAAACCCUUAAGUGGUGUCUUCACUUUUUUCUUCAUAUUUUUCAAUCUCACCACGAUUUCUCCAGGGAGAACGCUGUGACCGUUGCAAGCCGAACUUCUACAACUUCCCGAUCUGCGAAGAGUGCAACUGCAAUCCUUCCGGAGUGACGCCAGACUUUGCCGGCUGCGACAAAGUGGCCCCUGGAGAGCUGUGCUCGUGCCGGAAGAACGUCGACGGACGCAUCUGCGACCAGUGCAAGCCCGGCUUCUGGGACCUCCAGUACCACCAUCCGGAUGGAUGCAUCGGUUUGGAAAUGAUCAAUGAUUUUCUUAGAGAAAACUGAAUUUUGAAGACUGCGAUUGUAACUUGAAUGGAACUCUGUCCGGCUUGAACACGUGUGGAUUGAAGACGGGCCAGUGCGUUUGCAAGAAGAAUGCGGCUGGAAGAAGGUGAUUGGACUGGGAAAAUUUUUGGAGGCCACUGUAGGGUUUUGACGUUUUAGUGGCCACUUAAGGGGUUAAAAGUUAGUGGCCACUAUAGAGGCCUAAGGCUACUACUAGUCCACUUGAAACUACUUUAGUGGCCACUAAGACCGAAAAUAGCGGCUUCUAGAAAAGGGAUAUUAGUUGCUACUUUAGUGUCCUAUCCAAGUAGUCCUUGGCGAGCCUUUAUAAUGGCCACUGAAGGUUUUUCCAGAAGGUUCCGAAAAAAAAACUCAUAGAAACUCAUGAAAAUUUCUCAAGUCGGAAGAAAGUUUGACGAGAAAUCGAAAGUUUGGUUGAGUUUGAAGAGGAAAAGUUGAGAUAGUUUCUAGGCCUUAGAAGUUUUUUGAAGCUAUUUUGUCUGAAACCAAACCGAAGAAAAUAAAUUUUUUCAAACGCUUCCGAAAUUUCGAUUAAUAUGAAAGAUGUUUGGGCUUCAAAUAAGAAUGAAAAUAUUUUGACUUGUAGCGUUUUUUCAAAACUAGGCUCUACACCUUCAAACAUCAGCUUCUGCCUUAAAGUUUAAACGUUUCUAAAAGUCAAUGAUUUUUCCAGAUGCGACCAGUGUUCUGAGGGAUUCUACAACCUGCAGAACUACAAUCAGCUCGGAUGCGAACGUAAGACUUCUCAGAUACCUGAUCCUACUAUUUUCCUCCAGUGAAAAUCAAGAAUUUUCCGAAUAUACAUUUUUCAGCUUGCAACUGCAACAUCGGAGGAUCUCUGAGAUCAGAAUGCGACCUGAAAACCGGCCAAUGCAAGUGUCGACCCCGCGUGACUGGACUCGCAUGUGACCGACCCAUCGAAAAUCACUAUUUCCCAAGCCUCUGGCACCACCAAUAUGAGGCCGAAGACGGCUACACCGAAGAACAGCGACCGGUCCGUUUCGCCGUCGACCCGGCCCAGUUUGCCAACUUCUCCUGGCGAGGCUACGCCGUCUUCUCGCCCAUCCAGGAGAAGAUUCUCCUCGACGUCGACGUCAACAAGGCUUCCGUCUACCGUCUCCUCUUCCGCUACGUCAAUCCGACCAGUGUCCCCGUCACAGCGACCAUCGCUGUUGCGCCUCGCUUCACGCAGACCAACGACGUCGAACAGUCCACCAAGGUCACGUUCCCGCCUUCUUCGGAUCCGGCCUUCAAGGAAAUCACCGUCGAGGGCAAGCCGUUCGUUUUGAAUCCUGGAAAAUGGACGGUGUCGAUUGCGACCAAACAAAGACUGUACCUGGACUACAUCGUCAUUCUGCCUGCGGAGUACUACGAAGGACAGGCUUUGAGGGAACGAGCUCCGCCGCCGUGUCACUCCAAGUCGACGAAGAAUGCCACCUGCAUCGAUCUCCUCUACCCUCCACUCACUUCUGCCGCCCGAGCCGACUUGGAAGACGGCCAGGACACCUUCAGUUAUGUCAACAAGGACGGAACGACCACCACCCUGGACAUGGUCCCCGUCGAGAUCGUGCCGCAAGACAUCAACGGCCCGUCGGCUUUCGUCCGCGCCGAUAACGACAGCAGAACGGUGGAGGCGAAGAUCGAGGUCCCUGCCGACGGAGAAUAUGUCGUCCUGGUCGAGUACGUCAACAUGGAGGAGUCCUAUCGGCCCGUCGUCGUCGACAUCGCCCAGGAAGGCGACGUCAAGCUCAACGGAUCUGUCGUCAUCCAUCAUUGCCCCUACGCGUAAGAUUGAAAAGCUCCAGCUUUUUAUAAAAUGGUUAUUUAGUACGUUCUGCCGUGAGCUCGUGACCAAGAACGGCGGCCAGAUGGCCUACGUACCACUCAAGAAAGGACAGGCCGUUGUUCAGCUCCAUGUUCAGCCCAAUCACGAGUUCGGGCUCGCUGCGAUCAACCUCAUUCCCAAGGCUGACUUCAGCACCGAUUACUUGCAAUUGGUAGGAUUUGGCGAAGAAAAUAGAUUUUUCUGAAAAAAAAACCACGAAAUUAAGGUUCCUGUGUGCAUCCGAAAGAACGGCCGCUGCGUGCAGCAGUCCUAUCCGCCGGCCCCCGAUUCGGUCAGAACCGAAGCCGAAUCCGGCUCCAACGAAGGCAAAUCCAUCUACGGCGACAAGUUGCCCUUCCCCGUUGCCCGAGCCAAGGAAGUCCGCGUCGUUCCUCUCGACGACUCUCAGGUUUCUCAAAGCGACAUGAGAUAAAGAAUGGGAGCAGUAAGCUCUGAAAGAUUUUUGACUGCGCAUAGGCUUUCAAAGAAGAAUUCCAGGGCACAAUCGAGAUCUCUGGAGUCGUGCCAGCCCGGGGCCACUACAUGUUCCUCGUCCACUACUUCAACAACGACAAUACUCCGCUGAACGUGGACGUCUUGCUGCAGAACGAGCACUACUUCCAGGGUGACACAUGCAAUAGCCGCGCAUGCUGUUUGUUCUUUCUCUUCUUGCACAAUGUCCCAUGUUGUUUGGUAGUUAUGGUACUGGCCGAAAAAUCCUUCGAAAAGGGUUGAAAAUCAAGUUUCAAUAUGACCUCCGAAUUUGGAAAAAUGGAUCAAUUUCACGAAAAUCACCGAGAAUGAAGAUAUUCAUCAGAAACAUUUGAUUUGGAUGAAAAAAAGAAAAUGAAAACCAAAAACAAGUCUAGUUUAUUCACCACUCGUUCUAGAGAAAAUGAUUACAGAAAAAAAAAUUUUAGAUGUUUUUCAAUAUUUUCAAAGUUGUUUAGGAUGGCUUAUAGAUUGAUAGGUAUGAAAUUUUGGCGAAAAUAGGCUAAAACGAGAGAACAGCUGUAGCCAGAAGAGACGCCAGACAAUGAUGGUGUCUCUUUCUCUUUAGAGUCUCUUCGGGUGCUAAUACUCUCUCAUUUUUGCUGAUUAUCAGCUCGUUUCAUUUGGUAACCUCUUUACAGUCAUAUUCUGAGAUUCUCGUAGAUUUUUUUUUCAAAAUGGGAAAAUAGGUAAGUUUUACUAGCCAUAUUUUGCAAGCAACCUAAAAAUUGAAAGUGAAAACUUUUUUCUAUUUCCGAAAACCAUGGCCAGUACCUAACUUUCCUCAAAAGCACUCCCUCUGUACAUUUUUUCAGCAUAAAGUUAGUGAAACUUGAAAUUUCAAAAAAAAAAAUUUUAUUUAUUUCGCAUGACCCUCUGUCGUAUCGGAGUAAACUUUUGAGCGUGAUUCGAAUUUUUUUUUCUUUAUAGAAUAUGCACGAAAUCACUGUCCUAGUCGAGAAGAAUGUGGGAAACUAAGCCGCAAAGUUAUUAGUUUGAAAAAUGGUUUUUGUCCGUGGAGCGCAAAUUCCUAAUCAAAAUAAGCCGAGCGAUUUUGCUGUUAAUUUUUUUUUGAAAAUUUUUAAAUUUAGUUUUCACUUAUCAGUUUUCCGUCUAAUAUCAGUAGAGCGAGUUUUAUUUUGUUCUGAAAAGGCUAUUUUCCCUCAUUUCUUUAUAAGAAUACUUUUUUCCACCGCACAUGCAUAUUAUCCUUGAAAAAUUCCUUCACUUUUUGCAAUUGUCCGUUUUUUCAACCAAACACGAUUUCAGACGUCAAGAAUCACCCACGAUACUUGUUCAACGGUUCGUUUUGCAUGUAAAGCAGCUCUAACAUGAGCAACACGUUGCUAUGCUUGUUUUUGUGUGCGAUGCUAGACAAUCUUGCUUUUUUCCUAUCUAGAAGAUCAUGAGAAAAUUUUUUGCACUUGUCGAGAACCUCAUGAUCAUUUCGAAGGAGUGAUAGAGAAAAUUUGGGUUUAGAAAUUCGCGGAAAUCGAGAGAGUGUGGGUAAAAUGGAGAUAAUGAGAGCUAGAGAGUGUCUCUUAAGCUGCUGGAAUUUCUAAUUUUCCUAAUUUAAUGUUCUGAAAAAAAUAGCCAAAGAACAUUCUUAAACCUCAUACGUUCACGAAAACGAAAAUUCCAAGAAAAUUGAUGGAAGUGGUCAUUGUAGGGAUUCCUGAGAGAGUAUGGGAAAAGAAGAGACGUCUAGCCUGUUAGAGAUCAUGGAGACUCUCAUUUAUCCACACUCUCUUGACUUUGCCAAAUUGAAUCCAAUUUUUUCCCCCUUGUUUUCUCCCGCGGUUCAAAUUCUGAUUUUAAACGAAGCCUUUCCAGCUUCCGUUCACCUGUCUUAUUGCCCUUCGGUGAUUGGCUGCGUGGCUCUGAUUAGCGAUAAGGAACGGCCCGAGGUUGAAACAAACUGAAAAGUUCCCUGAAUAAUACUAUUUUUGUUAGACGAUCCAAUUCUGGAUGGACGACAAGUACACGGCGACGUUGUAUCACAAUUCCAGUCAGAAAGGGCCGAUUUAUAUUGUGAGACUUUUGUAGAAGAAAUGAAAUGAAUGAAAAUGUGUCCAGGACUCCAUCACGGCCGUCUCAUACAACUCCUUCUCGAACAGCCUUCUGAAACCGUUGCCAUUGGAUCUCUCGGCCGAGUUUAUCAAGCAGUGCAGCGAGCAGUUCUUCCAGAAUCAGUUCGUCUUGUUUUUCGGGCUUUGAAAUGUUUUGCUGUAUGAAGUAGGAAGUUUGGGCCUAUGAAAAGUCAGGUUGAAAAAUAAGGACCAGAAAAGAUUUGGCAUCGAAAAUAGUUCAGCCUGGCUUGAUAAGGUCUGAAAAUUUCAGUUAUUUUUUUUUUUCGAUGAUUUUACAUGGAAAUUCUUCGAAUUUUUUCUUUUUUGCUUUGUUCAUUUUUUUUUUGUUCGCGUACUCGAAUUUUUGGCAGUAUUUAGGCUUACUAUAAACUUAAAACAACUGAAAUUCACGUUCUUGAAGGUGUUAUCAGUGGAGCACACUUUCCGCUGAAAGCUUCUGCCUAAUUUUCAAGAGCUGAUUUUUUUGAGCAUUUUCAUGUGAACUCAAAUUUCUGAUUUUUGAGAUUUUUCACAAAAUAAAAGCCUUGCUUUUGAAACUCAUUAACGCGCAGUUAACUUCAAUUUCCUCCUUUUUACAGUCCUGAAAACAUCAGCGACUUCUGUCGGGACAAAAUCUUCGCCUUGACCACCGACUUCAACGCUGCGGCUUUCUCUUGCGAUUGUGUUGCCCAGGUUUUUUUCUCCAACACAGGAAGGAGGAAAAGAAUAUAUAAUCUAGGGCUCGGAAUCUUUCUACUGUGAGGAGUACGGUGGCCAGUGCAAGUGCAAAGCCAACGUUAUUGGAAGGAGAUGCGAACGAUGCGCCCCAGGGUAUUACAACUUCCCCGAGUGUAUCAGUGAGUUUUUUCAAGUUUUUGAGCUGGUAGAAGCUUCUUAGAGUUGAUAAUUAGCUUGAAGUUGGGGUCUUGAAAAUUAGGGUCAAGAGCUUCGAAGAGUUAGGAAAACUUUUUAUGAAAUCCAGAGUGGUCCCCAUAGAAGCAACAUUUAGGGUCCUUGAAUCUUUUUAAUUUUCAAAUCUGAACGAAAAAUAUCAAGAACCUGAAGGGACCACUUGAACUUUACCGCUGUAUGGAGCAUUUUCUAUUCUUUAUAGGGGCUGUUUGUCCCUCUUACCCCUAUAAGGACCGCUCAGGCGUUCUUAAGUUCAUAGUUUUUCAAAAGCGGCUCCUAAACCUUCGACCUUUCAGAAUGCCAAUGCACAGCCGGCCAGCAGUGCGACGAAAGAACCGGCCAGUGUUUCUGCCCUCCGCACGUCGAAGGAAGCUCCUGCGACCGCUGCGUCAACAACGCCUACGGCUACGACCCGCUGAUCGGCUGUCAGAAGUGCGACUGCCAUCCUCAAGGGUCCGAAGGCGGUAACCUCGUCUGCGACGCCGAGUCCGGCCAAUGUCUGUGCCGCGAAUCGGUCGGCGGCCGCCAGUGCGACCGCUGCCUCGCCGGCUUCUACGCCUUCCCCCAGUGCUACGCCUGCUCCUGCAACCGCGACGGCACCACCGAAGAGAUCUGCGACCCGACCAACGCCCAGUGCAAGUGCAAGGAGAACGUCUACGGAGCUCGCUGCGAGGCCUGCAAAGCCGGCACCUUUGCCCUCUCCGCCGAGAACCCCCUUGGAUGCAGCAAUUGCUACUGCUUCGGAGUCACGGACAGCUGUCGGUCCAGCAUGUUCCCCGUUUCCAUCAUGUCUGUGGACAUGUCCGCCUUCAUCACCACUGACGACAGCGGUAUCGUCGAUAACCAGGACGACAUCGUCGUCUACUCCUCGGACACGACUUCCCCGGCUUCCGUCUACUUUACCGUGCCCAUCGAGAAGAACAAGGAUCACACCAACAGCUACGGCCUGCUUCUGACCUUCAAGAUGUCCCUGAAAGCAAGAUCGGACGUUCGACGCGUCAUGAGCUCUGAGCCCGACGUCCGCAUUUCUGGAGGUAAUCGCACCGUCGAGUUCUGGGCUCCGGAACAGCCAACCAAUCCGGAAGAGGAGUUCACCGUGAAAUGUCGCCUCGUCGCCGAGAACUUCCUGACGACCGAGGGCAAGCCCGUGACCCGUGAAGACUUCAUGAUCAUCCUCCACUCGUUGACCAACAUCACCUUGAAGGCCUCCUACUUUGAAUAUCCCAAGUCGGUGUCUCUUCACGAGUUUGGACUGGAAGUCGCCACUGAGGUGGGUCUUUUUUUUAGAGUUGCUUGAAAGAAGCCCCAGUUGAAAUUGAGAGUUUUCAAAAAGUCUCUUUUGCUGGUUUGCAUAUUAAGAAAAAAGUUACAGAACAACCAGCAAUCGGCGGUCCGCGCCGUCUCCGUGGAGCAGUGUCAGUGUCCCGCGCCCUACACCGGGCCGUCCUGCCAGCUCUGCGCCCAGGGCUACUACCGAGUCGACUCGCCAGGAAACGUCCUCGGCGCCUGCGUGCCCUGCGACUGCAACGGACACUCCGGAACCUGCGACCCGGACACGGGCAUCUGUACCAACUGCGAACACAACACCCUCGGCGACCACUGCGAGAUUUGCGAGGAGGGCCAUUAUGGCGACGCUACCACCGGCAGUCCCUACGCCUGCAUGCCCUGCUCCUGUCCCUUCGCUCCAUCGAACAACUUUGCGACCGGCUGCGAGGUGGGUGGACGGAGAGUCGAUUGGCAUGGAUUUAGUGAUAGAAAUGAAAUAGAAUAGAGUAGAGAUUUGUUUGAAAUGUUGAAGGAGAUUUGAAGAAAUUGUAAGUCUUUGGUUGAGAUAACUUUAUUCAGAGGAGCUUGGAUGGAAUUUAUGAAAAAUAUUUUUUUUAGAAGAGAGCUUUAGCCUUAAAUUCAGUUACAGAGUGGACAGAGAAUCGAUUGACUUGAAUUUAGUGAUAGAGCGAUGGGAGGAAAUGAAGUAGAAUAGAGUAGAGAGUAAUUUGAACUUUUCAUUGCUAUAUGAAGAAAUUCUGAAGCUAGUUUGAAAUAACUUGGUCCAGAUAAACUCGGGUAUUUUUUGGAGAAAAUUUCCUGGAAAGAGCUUUUAGCCUUGAAUUCGUAUACAAAGUUGUUAGAAAUUUUGAGAAAGUCAAGAAGAAAUUUUGAAAUCAGUUAGAGAAUUUUAGCGAUUUUUAAGUUUUAUGAGACCAUUCAUUCACAUGAAAAAUGAGAUUUUGCUGAUUUUUCUCGUCGUGAAGCCUAAUAUUUGGCGAAGCUAAAGAGAACCUAUAUACUUCGAGGAGAUAUUGAGAUAAGACUUCAAAGAAAAUCGCGAUUUUCCAUUCAAUACAAACUAUUUUAGCAAAUAUUCAGAUUUUCUCAAGCUUACAGAGUAGAUUUUAGGUCUCGGAAGAAGGCGUCCUCCAGCAGUGCCACUGCAAACCAGGCUACGCCGGCGACCGUUGCGAUCGCUGCGAUUCCGGCCAUUUCGGCCAGCCGACGCAGAUCGGCGGCUCCUGCGAACCCUGCAACUGCAACGGAAACAACAAUCUGACGGACUCGCGAGCCUGCCAUCCAAUCACCGGCGACUGUCAUCUGUGCGAGAAAAACACGGCCGGACGUCACUGCGAGUGGUGCAACAAUUGGUGGGGGAUGAGGAAUAUUCAUUUCACAGAUUAUCAGUUCAUACCUUUCGCAAAAAGCAUCAAAGCUACUUAUUGAAAAUACUUUUUCUUUGAAUAUUCUUUUCAAAAAUGGCUCGGGCAAAGACGCAAUGGUGGAUAGGGAACGCUAAAAAGAAGAUGGCAGAAAAAUAACAAAAAUAGUCCUCCAUUCUUUCUAGAACUUUGAAAAUGGUGGAAAAAGGCAGCAAAAAUGAUGCAUACGGGCCAAUGAAUUGGCGCAAAAAGGCAGCAAAAAAGAGCAUGUCUAUGGAGCCGUUUUUGAUCCUUUCCGACCUUGCCUAUGGGCAGAAAGUAUCGUUCGGUCACGAAAAAAUGAAUAGGAACAGCGAAUUUUAGAAAUUUUUAGGUAAAAAAUUCCGUUAGAACACAAUUUCAAUGUUCAAUAUCCAUAAAAAGUUAGCUAUUUCUACCGAAUUUAAUCAUCCGAAAGUUCAAAAGUUAGUAAAGCUUAACAAAGUCUAAAAAUACGCGAUUUUUUCCAAUUAUCAAAACAUCAAUGUUCACGAUACUUUAAAAAAAACCUGUGAAUUUUUCCCAUCUCAGGUUCUGGGGCGACGCUGUCACAGCGAAAAACUGCACGGAAUGUGCCUGCAAUCAGUGCGGAUCUUCGGUCUGCGACAAUCGAAGCGGCGGCUGCGAGUGCAAACCCAACGUCGAAGGCGAAACUUGUGAUCGCUGCAAGGUUUCAACGAGAAAAAAGGGAGAAAAAGACUGAAAUUCGACGUUUAGCCCGACUAUUUCGGCUUCUUGAAAUGCCGCGGAUGCGAACCGUGCCACUGUGGCCAGGCUGCCUUCAGCACCCAGUGUAACUCGGAAAAUGGUGAGUUCUGAAAAUAAAAUGAAGGAAUGCGACUCCAAAAUUAUAUAAAUAAGAAAUAAUAAAAAAACAGUUUGUUGAGUAUGUGAAUAGGCGUGAUCAAGUAAACAGAUCACGUGAAAGAUUAGACCAAGUAAAGAGUAUAAAAAGAAGUCCGAAUGCCUCCAAAUAUUCUCAACCGCCCCGACGUCUCCAGAAGAAGACGCCGACUUCUUUAUCUUUCAUAUACAUGUGUGCGAGAACGAAACUGAUUAACACUCUAUCUUUCAUUAUUUUGAGUGUAGAAGGUAUCGUAGUCGUAGUGGGUGCUUAGUCGUCGGCGUCUUCUUCUGGAGACUUUGGGGCGGUCGAGGAUUCGAGGCGGUUGAGAGUAGUCUGAGGCUUUCAGAAUACUUUUGAAAAAAAUGUUGGAAAAAAGGAGUUUAUUGAAAAAAUCAAAAAAUAAUCUGAAAAUUUCGAUUUGAUUUAUUUUUGAUGAUAUAGUCUGUUCAGAUUUUGAAUUUCAAGUCGUCGCUCAAGCUCCGCCCAUAAUGGUGCGAUAAACCAAUCACAGAGCGAGCCAUCCACAGAGUGUUUUUGAAUGACGUCAUUGCACUUGACAUUCAAAAUCUGAACAGACUAUAAUGCGUUGAACAAAAGCCCAGAAAAGAAAACUUUCAUUGAAGCGCCAAAUUUGCUCCGAAAGGGUACAUUUUGUUACGCAAAUUUUUGCAUAGCAAGUAAAACAAGCUUCUUUAGUUUUUCGAUGAACACCUCAUAUUUUUCGAAUUGAAACCUGUGUUUUUGUUUCCAGGACAAUGCUCUUGCCGUCCCGGAGCUGCUGGUCAACGAUGUGAGCACUGUGAGCACGGCUACUGGAAUUAUGGAGAGCAUGGAUGCGACAGUAAAUUUCCAUUUCAGAACUGAAACUCAAAAAUAACCACAUUUAGAAUGUGACUGCGAAGCGGACUUGUCAAUGGGAACUGUGUGCGAUGUUCGGACGGGACAGUGUCAUUGUCAGGAAGGCGCCACCGGGCCCCGAUGCGACCAAUGUCAACCGUCCUACCUCCGGAUCCCGACCAUGGGCUGCAGACGUAAGGAAAUUGCCUGAAAUUGGCAAUCAGGGGGGGCGGGGGCUUGGUGUAUUCGUAGGACAGUCUUAAGACGUUUCAGAGCUUAAAGUUUUGGUGUAAACAGAGCUGCGCCCCCGUACGCAACGCGGCCGCGAAGCGGUUUGAGAUAGAGUGGACGGACAUGAGAGGCUUUUUUCUGCUUCUCUGCCGGCUAAGCUCAGCCCAGCUGAAAAAGUAGCUUCCCGGCCUGCGCGCAGCUCUGUUGUGAAAUCUCUUGAGAGGAUUCGGGAAAUAGUAAGAGAAAAAAGAGGUAUAGACCUUUCUAUCUUCGGGUCCCUCCCAUGGGUUGCAGACGUAAGGAAAAAACAUAAGCUGAGAAAAUUUGAGAAAUUCGGGGUUUUUUAUCAAUAUUUUUUCAACAGACUCGAGAUAUUUCAAAGCCUAACCUUUGCUGUGAAUAAUCUUAAGACGUAUAGGAAGAUAAUAAGUAAAAAAGAGAGAUAUAUACAUCCAGAAGAGAUUCAUGGGUUUAUCAAAGUCAGAACUUCGAUGUGAAUGGUCGAGAAACGAAAAAUGGAAUAGUUUGAGAAGAGAAGAGGAAUAACUCUGCAUACACUCCGAAUGCAAACGUAAGCUUCAAAUUAAAAAUUUGAGGCUGCGACGAAUGCGUCCACCACCUGAUCGCUGACGUCGACGACCUCGGCCUCCGCAUCGACGUCCUCAACACUUCCAUUGCCAACAUCUCCUCGGCGACCGUCGUUGGAGCUCGUCUCGCUCGAAGCCGCAAAGAUCUCAACGACCACAAGGUCUUUUUUUAGAAAUUCUGGCCUUCAAAACCCAAAAAAAAAUGCCUGGAGCAUGAACCGGGAUAAUCGACUUAUAAGAUUAAUUGAGUUUAAAAAAAAUCGGCUUUUCAAUUACCAGAAAUCCUCGAAUUUCUUCAAGUUCUAAGAAAAAAAAACCAGUUGAUUUGACAUCACCUUGUGGAAUUUCGAAGUGAUACUUUGAAGCGUUCGUCUUUCCCGAAAAGUCACCCCUUGAGAAAAUGAAAAUUCAGGAACUCGAAAAGUUCCUGCUCAACGACGACAACGAGUACGAGAACAUGAUGGGCGACGCACGGUCCAUCUUGACCAACAGGACGGCCGUCAUGAACUUGGGCAAUCGGACCGGCACUUGGGCCAACAAGACGUCGCGACGCAGUCAGAAUCUGACUACGGACGUCGAGGCGCUCUUCCAGGAUAUCAUUCGUCGGGCCGAGGUAUUGGGAUUUUUGAGAAUUUUAGAGAAAGAUUCAGAUGCGCAGAAUAACAGAAACAAGAAAAAUUGAGCUUUAUUGGUUUUUUGAAGUUUUGCGAACUUUUCUGUGUCAUUUUUGAUACUUUUCUUUAAAACUCGAAUAAGAGGUAUUUCCUUCAGAAAGCCCGCCAGGCGGUCCAGGAAGUCAGGGACAUUGCCGCGUCGAUUGGAAGCCAUUCCAAGGCGCCGAUUCUUGACGCGACGAUUCUUCAACAAGCCGUUGAAACUCUGCAUGCUCUUGAAGCCACAUCAGCGUUCGUUUUUUUUCUCUUCUGCACGAAGAUUGACCAACCAGAAACGGUUUGCGCGCUUAGGCAUCAGGAGACUUUUGUAGUUUAGUCGAUAAAAUUUUUUGAGUCUGGUUUUCGUCGGAAUUGCGAGAAGGUUAGACUGAAUAUUUCAACUUGAUCAUUUACGGACAACUUGUACUUUUAAAAAAUCAGCCGUUUUUUUUUAUCUCAAUGAACUAUUCUGAAAUCGUGACCGCGUCGCUUCCAAGCCAUUCCAAGUGCCGCCAAGGCCUCAAAAAAGGCUUUUCCAGCGAUCCUUAUCCCGAGUUGGCGACAAGCGCUCCACUGAAAAUCGACGCCAUCCUCAACAAGACCGCCGUCGAGGUCCAACGUCUCCAGGAACAAACGGAGAAUUUGGCGACGGAACAGAAGAAGGCCGACAACCUCGCCGAUUAUCUGAACAGCGCUCAGCAGCUGCUCAAGGAGACCCAGAAGAAGGGCGACAUGGCUGCCAAUGUUUGAAUUCCGGACCAAUUGACCUUUAAGAGAUUCUACCGAUUUCAGAAAGCCAAGUCGAUCUCUUUGACAAAGCUGAAGAGUCUGGUCGCGGCGAUUGGCGACGAAAUCGAAAAGAUUGAGUUUGAGAAGAACGACUUCAGAAAUAAGAAUAGUGAGGUGAGGAAAUGAGGAGCAGAUUUGUCAAUUUUCAAGCUGAAACAUUUCUUGUUUGGUAGUAGGAGAAUUGUAUAGAGAGCUUCAUUCUAUGGACUUUCUAACUCUUGGAAAAUUUCUCAAAGUGUUAAGAGGGCUACAGCUUGUUUGAGAAUCCAUUCUGGAAUUUUAGAGGUCUCGAAACGAAAAUCUAUUUUCCAGUACGCCUUUCAAAACCAUAGCAAAGACUUUUUGAAAGAGAUGUGAAAACCAGAACUUUGAUUUUUAGUUGCGAAACGAGACGGAGCGAACUCGCGACAUCAUGGAAUCGAUCCAAAACUCGAUGGCGACACUCAACGAAACGCGACUCGAACUCACCGAAGACGCCGAAUCGCGCCGGGCCAAGAGAACCUCGGUCGUCGACCGCGAGGCGAUCGUUUCCCGCGCCAAUGAUCUCAGCCUCCAAGCCGCCCAAAUCGGACAAUCUUUCAGCGGCGCCAUGGAGGAGUCCAAGGUCAAUAACUCUCAAAGCUGCUCGUUUUUCAGUUGCAAGUAUAAUGACUAAGCGAUUCCCUGCUGAAUCAUGGAAUAGUUGAAGAGUUGUUUGUCGGUUAGCGAAACUGUCGUUGAUCAAGAACGACGCGUAGAGUAUCACGACUUUUCUGGGAAAGUAGUAGACGAUCACUGCUUCUCUAUAAUUACAUGCAAUAUUUUUUUCACUCACAAUUUUUAUGACUAGGAUGAGAAUAAGAGCUUCAAAUGGAAUGUUAUACAACCUCCUUUAGUUAUUUAGAAAAAUUGGGUAAUAACUCUAUUAUAUUCAGAGCGCUGUUGAAGCCGCAAACGCCUUCAAAAACAUUUCGGAGACGAUGAAGAGCGCCAACGAGAAGGCCGGCGUCGCUGUCAGCACCGUGGAGAAGCUGGGCGAAAUCGAGGACUUGGUUGGGUCAUUAUGAAGGAGCUCAUGGGAACGGAAGCUUUAGAACGGUCGAAUCGAUAAGGCUCUUAACGAGACGGCAGAGUUGCUCCGCCGAACCAGCGUCUACCGACAAGACGCCGUCAACACGCUGGAGAAAGACGCCCAGGAGAUGAAGACCACCUUGGCCAGGGUCAUUAUGAUUUUUUUAGUUUUUGUAUGAAGGAGAUUAUGUCUGAAGGAAAACAUAGUCAUUUUCAAAACUAUCGCAUUUGCAGCUCAAGGAAAACGUGGAAACGAUGCAGCGGACCCGUGAUUCGAUUAAAUCCGGAUCGAAGAGCCCCAUCAACGAGACGCACUUCGACGACAUCAACGCCAAGGUCGAGCAGGUUCACGAGCUGAAGAAGAGCAUCGAAGAGGCUCUGAACGCCGCCAAGGCCGAAGCAGAAGACGUGACCAAGAAGGCCGACGAGGUGGCCGAGAGGGCCAACAGCGCCAUGCUCGGCCUCAAGAUCGCCCGGUCCAACGCCAAGCAGCUCAAAGAACUCGCCCCGAAAGUCGUCGAGUCGCUCGCCAAGCUUCGUGAGAACUCGGCUAGCCGUUCUGCUAAGGUAAUUGGAGCGAAGUGUAAAAGUAAGAGACAUCUCGCGCUAGUUCCUAGUUCCUAGGAUGUAUCUGAAGCAGUGGGACUACUAGAGUUUUCUAGUCUAUUCACUUGAGGGAGCACUAGAAUUGUCGAGACUGCUUUUUAGGUUCCACAUUGAGAAGAAAGUCAAGACGUCAUCUUAUUCUUGGUGUAAUUGGUAUAUUUUCAAGGUCGAAUCGAUCACGGAUAAGGUGGCACAAAUCAAGGAGAUGGUCGCCGUGGCUCGUGACGCAGCCAACAAGGUGGGAUCACUGAAAAAUUAGGCUCACGGACGCUUAAUGAUAUCAAAGUCUAAAAGAAAAGCAGUCACCCAUUCCCUUCUUGCAGAUCAAACUCGGAGCGCACUUUGAACGAGGCUCCUCGCUCAACCUGAACCUACCGCCGCGCGUCUCCCGCAGCGCCGCCCACACCGACAUCUCGUUCUUCUUCAAAACCGACCAGGACCACGGAAUUCCGGUUUUCUUCGGAAACGAGGAAAGCACCGGAGGCAGCCGGGCCGUACCCACUGACGACUUUGUCGCCGUCGAAAUCGAAUAUGGAACUCCCAAAGUGACGGUCAACCUCGGCGACGAGCCUCUUGUCGUCAAACUCGACACGUUCGUGAAAAUUUCUCAUUGGCGGAACGGAAAAGCUCGAAAAAAAGAUGGAAAAUAGAUUGUUUGCGCCUUUUUUUAGCCUUGAAGGAUCUGACGAAUGAGCUGGAAAGGUUUUUCGAGAAGAUUCGAAAAUGGUUCAGAAAAGACCUUUUGAGCCUCUUUUAUGGUUCAAAAAAGACCUUUUGAGCCUCCCUCCAAGGAUCCCGAAAACUGAAAAAAUUGCUCAAAGACUUUUUUUUAGAGUUUUUCCGUUCUGCCCCAACACCCAAGAAUCUUAACUUAUUCAACUAUAUUUCAGCCGCGUUUCGGACGGACAAUGGCGUCAGCUGAACGUUGAACGGAUUGGCAAAACGGUGAAAGUCUCACUGACGAAACCGAACUCAGAGGGGAUCGCCGAGACCAAAACCGGCAUCUCCGGCGGAAACAAGAGCGUCCUGAACCUCCAUCACAAGAUUAGUCGGCUCUACGUUGGUGGGAUCCCGACUGAGUCCAAGGUGAUUGCCGCGAACAUUUGAAGGGACAUCUUAAGGGUUUUCGGGUUGAAGUCACUUUUUGAGGGUUUAACGUUGAGAAUCGCUCUGAUUAAAUUUUUCAAAACUCGGUUGAGUGGAGACUUUGAAAAGAAAUGGUGAAGAACAACUUUUCAAACACGGUUUUUAAGAACGAGCUGGGGUUUUUAAAAACUUGUAAGCGCCAUUAUUUUGUAAAUAACUUCAAAAAGUGGAAAAAGAACUGUAUUUUUUUUUUCGUAGAAGAAUUCUCAAGCACUGUAGGAAGUGUAGAAAUUUUUGAAUGAAAAAAACGUGACAAAUUUAUCUCCAGAAAAAAAUUUAUCAAAAAGAUCCACGAAAUUCCGUUUUUUUAAGAAGUUAAUAAAGCGAUCCAAUAAAAAAUAAUACGAUAACGUCCUUUAUAAACACUUUGAAACCUUGAUCCUGAAUAUCCUUCGUUUUGAAAACGGCCUGACCAAAAACUCAGCAAAAACUAUGAAAUUUUGAAGAUAUCGAGUGAGGUCCGCAAUCGCGAUUUCGUUGGUGACAUCGAAGGCCUGAAACUGCAUGGAGAGCCGAUCGGAUUGUGGAAUGCGCGAGAAAAUGGCGUGAGCCGUGUCGACGGAGCGCCGAAACGGACCAAAGCUGUCGGCUCGGAAGAAGCUUGUCAGUUGAUCACUUCAAGAAAUAUUCAAGAUCUAUUUAUUUUUCAGCGAUUUCCCUUGACGGAGAAGGUUACACCGUCUACAAGCCGGAUCACUGGAACCCACGGAAAAUAACGAAGAUCUCCCUGUCUUUCUUGACCUUCUCACCAGAUGGCCUUCUCUUCUUCGUUGGAAAAGACGUAAGUCUUCUAGACCACUGUUGCGACUUUUAGAACAAGUUCUUGCAAAUAUUCGAUUUCCAAGUCCGUAAAAAAGUUCUCUUCGAACACAUUUUUAUUAAUCGAAAGCUCAUAACAAAUUUUUCAGCGCGACUUCAUGACCUUGGAACUCGCCGGCGGCACAGUCAAGCUCUCCGCCGACUUCGGCUCCGGCGUCGGCCACUGGACCGUCCAGAAGGAGAACUACAGCGACGGCAAAUGGCACACGGUGUCGGUGCUGCGCGAGGAGAAGCACGUGAAGAUCGACGUCGACGGCGUCGUCGAGGAGGGCGACUCCCCAGGCGACGAGGCCGAGAUGAGCGUCACCGAGUUCCUCUACGUCGGCGGCAUCCCCAGCAGCGUCGCCGUCCGCACGCCGGUCAUCCCCCUCCGCGGCUGCAUCAAAUCGGUCCGCCUCGGCUCCGACGAGGUCGACCUCGAGCAGAGUCACGCCAGCAAAGGAGCCCGAAGCAUGUGUCCCCUGAGAACCGUCCGCACCGUUUCGAUGCUCUCCGAAAGAUCCACGGCCGUUUUCCACAAUGUCUCCUCCCGCGCCGAACAGAUGACCGUCACCCUCAAGUUCAAGACCAGAGUCCCUUCUGGAUCGAUUCUGUCGGUCGAAGUUGAGGACGAGGAAGUUCUGACCCUGUCCCUGCAGGAUGGCAUUCUCACAGCCAGCACUGAUGAUGAUAAAGUACCACUGGAACUGGCCGGCGCCGCCGACGAGAAAUGGCACUACGUCUCGAUCCGAAAGACCAAAACGACGCUGAGAAUCGACGCCGACGACCUAUUCACGAACGAAGUCACCAGGACUGGCAACGGCGACGACGACGGCCCGGCGACCAUCUUCUUCGGUCGUCGUCAAGCGUCGCAGUCGUUCGUCGGAUGCGUCGGCGACGUCACCUUCAACGGCGAACUCUUCGACUUCACCAUGGUUCGAUCGAGUCUUCAAGAAGAUCUGAAAACGUCGUUUCAGGCCAACAUCAAGGAGGUUUCGCUCAACGGCUGCUCCUUGUUGGACGAAGAACAGCAAGUUCCGGUCACGACUACUCAAGCUCCUUCUGAAAAUGUACUUGGGACCUUUUCUAACUUGAAAUUAUCCUGGAGGACAGAAAAUUUUGAGUUUUAGGCAAAAGCAUUGUUGGAGUAGUCUUAUCAAUCUGGUCUUUUUUAAAGUAGAUAUCCGGAAUCAUAAGAAAAGUUCUACUAGAAAAUUCAAAGCGUUUUUUUUUUUCAUAGGAUCUAUAUUUUCAUGAAAUCAUUCUUUCAGACCGAGCUUCCGGUGGCAUCCGACGGCGUCGUUUUGCCUCAAGAUGAACCAUCUACCACCGAAAACCCUGAAGAUUUGACAACAGAAGCACCAGCUGAGGUACAAAAAACAUUUCAGGCGAUUGACCCCAUUCCAGCUGAAUGUUAUCAAAAUGGAAUCCUCAAUUUAGAUGAAAUUACAAGUGAUAAGCAGCACCAGCAGCCCUUCCGUAAGACAACCCAAAAACACUGAUGCCAUUUCAGCAGUUCGUAGUGAUUUUCGUGUGCCCCCGAAUAUUCUGUUCUUUUCUGUUGCUUUUGAACUUUUUGGUUGAUUUCGGUGAGUUGAAGAAUUGCUCAAUUCAUUGGAAAAAAUGGUUGAAGUUUUGAAAACGCGGCGAAAUGAAUUGAAGUAGUCACUGGAGGGAAUUUCAUGAACCUUCAAGUACCCUCUCGAACCUCGGUAUCUGUUGAGUAUGUAGAAAUGAAUAGAUCACGUUGAAGAUUAGACCAUUAUAGUCUGUUCAGAUUUUUAAUGUCAAGUGCAAUGACGUCAUUGAAAAACACUCUUUGGAUGGAUCGCUCUCUGAUUGGCUUAUCAUACCAUUAGGGGCGGAGCUUGAGCGACGACUUGACAUUCAAAAUCUGAACAGACUAUAUGUAAAGGUCUGUUUUCACAGUCCAUCAACAAACUCGCUCCCGCCUCGACUCCUGCCUCGACUUCUGCAUUCGACAACUCAUCGACUACGCCUACAAGCGACGACUAGCCGCCGCCGGGUAGAGAUACUGUUCCGUCUUCGCCACUAUGACGGACAACAGUAUCUCUACCCACACUUUAUUUAAGUUAGGUAGAAAGAUGUAGUGGCGGCUAGUCGUCGCUUUUACUCGUCGUAGUAGACGAGGGUAGGUUGUCGAAUUCAGGAGUCAAGGCGGGAGCAAGUUUGUUGCUGCUAGACUGUGAAAACAGACGUUUUAUAGUGCUCUAAUCUCCCACGUGAUCUAUUCAUUUCUGAAUAUUCAACAGUAACGAAAACCAGAGCAGCCCCGGACGUUUCUUAGCUUUUCGAAGGAUCACUUAAGAGUUCUGAGGCCCCUAAAGUGGUCACUGGUCUUGCUCAGAAACGUCAACGCAUCCGGUUUAUUGAUUCAAUAUUUUCACUCACCCAAAUCAACCAAUCUCACUCUUUUCAGUUUCAGCUUCUUUUUGAGUUCCGUCCUGUUUUUUUUUCAGUUCUUCCUUCACCCCAAACUUUUUCAUUUCAACGCUUACAGCACGCCUUAAUUUGAGUACUUGGAAAUUGAGCAGUAAAAAAAAUAAACGUCGUGGAGAGAAAUUAGAAAAAAAAAGAUCCUUCUCUGCUUUCUCUUCAGAUUUCUUGUGAUCUUGCUUCCGCCUUCAUUAGGUCUUGGCGAAAACUGUCCAAUUUUUGAUACAAGCUCAAAUUUCAAGUACUUAUAAAGCUUGUGAAAUAUUUUUCAAACUUUAGAAUCUAUCCAUUUCCAGGCACGUCCAGACAAUGCUUGCGCGUUGCCGCCGAUCCCCGUCGGCGAAUUCGCCGAACCUGAAGGCGUCAACUUCGGAACGCAGCUCUACAGUCGUCUGGAAUACGAGGUCGUGCCGGAAUCCUUCGACAAGAGUGGCACGUUCACCUUGAUGACUCGCCCCACCGCCUUCUCGGGAGUUUUCUUCUUCGCUCUCAGCGAAAAGAGAACCGAUCAUAUUGGCCUAAUGCUAGACCACGGCCGAGUCGUCUUCACCUUCGAUGCUGGAUCUGGACAGGUCGAGUUUUUUUUCUUUUAGGGGAGAUAUCCUGCGCUCUGUGGAGGACUGAGACUUCAUUCGGCGCUUGAUAGAUUUAAAAAAAGCUUUGUAGAGAAUUUCUUCUGUGCUCCGUGGAUAAUUAAAGAAUCUUGAAGUUAUAAUUCUGAAAGAAGGGAAAAAUUAAAAAAUUGGGUGUCAAAAUUCGAAAUUUUUUUAUUUUAAGGGAAAGUAGAAAAUUAUUCACCGAACUGUUUAGAAUCAUACAAAUGCGCUCUAACGAACUAAGUAUCUUAUUGGCUGGCCACGCCUCUUUCUAGGCGUGGUGAGCCUUCGAUUUUGAAGAAGAGAUAUUUGAAUAAUUAUUAUAAAUUUUUUUUCUCCAUGGAGCACAUUAUGUUCUUUAGAUUGAGACCAAUGUUUUUUUCGAUGUUUUUCGUCAUGUCUCCGAUAUAAGAUGAAAUUUUCAACUUCAACGGAAAAACUUUCAGACGGUUCUCAAGUCGAACCGCUCUAUUCUGGACAACACCUGGCACACGAUCAAAGCCUCCCGCCGCGGUCAAUCGGCCCAUCUGAUCGUCGACGACGAAUCCGUCGAAACCAUCGCCCGUGGCGCCAACGACUCGGUCGACACCAAGGCGCCGUUCUACGUUGGCGGAGUGCCAAGCGAACUCGCCAGCUUCGCGAGAACCCUUGUUCCGGUUCGAUCAGUGUCACUGAUUCCCUUAUAAAUCAUCAUUUCCAGGGCUCUCGUUCGCAACUCAGCGGCUGCAUCCGCGACUUCAGAAUCAACGGAAAGACCUUGGAAGGCGCCAAAUCUCACGGCACCGCCCAGUGCUCCCGAUUCGUCGAAGAUGGCAUCUUCUUCGGUCAGAAGGGCGGCUACGCCAUCGUCAAGAAGGAGUUCGAGGUAUUGAUUUGACUUUCAGAAGUGCAUGUGUUCGUGAUUUUUAUUGAGUAACAAAAAUUAAGCAUAGUCGAUUCACAUCGACUUUUGAAAAAUUGGUCGCACGUAAACUACGUCAACAAAAAAGCUUGAAACUUUCGAAAAAAGAAAAUCCGUUCUCCGCGUGUUUUCGUUUCUCUGUUCCCUCACCGGCGAAAUCAGAGAAACGUGAAAACAGCCCGGCAUUAUGAGAGGGUCGCCGAGAGACGAGGAGGGUAUAGAUAUGCCCCUUUUCAAGUCGGGGGAAUGGGCUUCACAAAACUUGAGAUCCUAGCUUGAACCGCGACGCGACCGUAACGCGUUAAGCCAUUCCAAAUGCGACAAGAGGAUUUUGAGUCUCGAAAUUCGGGACUAGGCUUACUAGAUGCGUUUUUUAAGGUGAUUGAAGCCUGAUCUGGAGGUCUGGGAAACAUUUUUAGAGGCCUUUCAAAACGUCAAAAUUUACAAUGGUUCCCGAUCGAGCUUUUUUUUUAAGGGUAUACCACAAAAAAUUCUCUUUUCUUGAACGAAAGAUAGAUAAGUACAAUACAAAGGGAUUUCCAGGUCGGACACACUUUCGGAGUCGAGUUCGAGAUCCGUGCCAGGUCUCCGGAUGGCGUUUUGCUGUCGGUCGGUGUCAUGGAAUACCUCACGGUUCAGUACCUCAAUGGAACCAUCAAGGUUGGAAACUAGGCAGAGCCUUGACGGAACCUUGAAAUACUUUCAGCUCACGGUGGACAGCGGCAGCGGCGGCGAAGACGUCGACUUCACGCCGACCGAACUCAACGAGUUCUGCGACGGCCACUGGCACAACAUCCGAGUCAUGAAAAAGAAGAACUUGCUGACGUUGACGGUCAACGGCAGGAGCAAGAUGAGGAUCAUGAAGAAGAGCUCGACUGACACGGCCACCAAGGACCCCCUCUACCUCGGAGGCGUCCCCGAGUCCGUCACCAACAAGGGUCUCGAAACGAAAAGUUCGUUUCAAUCCCAUUUCUUUUAGCAGAUUUGAAAAAAAGCUAGUUAGGAAUCUCGCGAAAAAUCUGCAAAUUUAGCGGCUUGUAGAAUUUUGAGGUCACAGGUUCGACUCCUCACUAGAGCGAACUGAUUUUUGCCAUUUUUGCGUUCCUCAAGUCUUUUCAAAUAGGAAGCAUGUAUCACAACUGAGUUUUUUGGCUUUCGGUUUUAUUUAUAGGCCUAAAACGAUCAAUUUCCGAAACUUAGUUUUUCGAUAAUUUUCAGUUGAAGAAGAGUUCACAGGUUCGACUCCUCACCAGAGCGAACUGAUUUUUGCCAUUUUAUUUUUAUUGUCAUUUCUUCCUAGAUAUAAAACUUAUAUGUAAAUACUGAAUCCGAGCUCAUCCUAUCAUUUUUCAGAGGGCUUCAACGGCUGCAUCCGGUUCAUCAGCCUCGGACUGAAGCCCAAGGACAAACGGCUGCGACGCAAGAAGGACGUCGACGUCGCCACGUUCGACAUCUUCGGCGACGUCCACAAGCACGAAUGCCCCGUUAACUAA